GAAGAGAGUCGAUGCUGCGUCUCUGUUUGUACUUGACCGAGGGAUAAUUUACUUGUAUUGAGAGCAAAAAUGACCGAUUUGAUUUUGCGAUGUGUGCAAAAUUGCUAUGACAAAGUCUUAGAAGAGCUAUUGAGUCCUUUCAACUCAAUCGAGUUGAUUUCAUACUUGUUCCAAGAUCACUCGGAGAAAGUUUUAUACCGAGAAGACAUGCUGCUCUGUUGAUGAAAUCCAUCUCCCUGGCAAUCCACACGCAAGCCUGAGGCACACCAAGUUGGUGAUAGUCAAAUCGAGCCAGCGGGCUGCAGUGAUCACAGAAAGAAUAAUCAGCAAAUUAGUAUUUGCCUUAGAUUAAAUAUUGGCCACUGCCGAGCGUUCUUGGCGCCUUAACAUGACCAUUUCUCAGAGGAGCGUAGGGAUGCUGAAAGCAACACCUUCAAGUUGCCAGAAC